AUGGUUAUUGAUUCGGGUCGUGAGAAUCUGGCGUACCAUGUCCAGGUCCCUAAUCAAGAGGCUGAGAGGCCCAAGCCUCGGCAGCUACCGGUCACCCUGCUCUCUGGAUUCUUGGGCAGUGGCAAGACAACUCUCCUGAAGCACAUCCUUGGGUCCCCAGACCAUGGAAUGCGAAUUGCGGUCAUUGUCAAUGACAUGAGUCAACUUAACAUCGAUGCUGCCCUUAUCAAAAAUCACAAGGUCUCCCAAACGACAGAAAAGCUCAUCCAGAUGCAGAAUGGCUGCAUCUGUUGCACACUCCGUGGCGACCUGCUAUCCGAGUUAGCCCGCCUCGCAAAACAGAACGAGAUCGAAUAUGUGGUGAUCGAGAGUACCGGUAUUAGUGAGCCGAUGCAGGUCGCCGAAACCUUCACGGCGGAGUUCAGUUCUGCCAUGUUAGAAGCCGAGGACCAAAUCAGCGCCGAGAAUGACGACGAGGCGAAGAAGAUUUUGAAAGAGAUCGUGGAAUUGGGUGGCUUGCACACCAUGGCCCGCCUUGACACCACGGUGACCGUGAUCGAUGCUUUCAACCUUCUCUCCAGUUUCGACACCACCGAGUUCCUCUCCGACCGAUACGGCAAAGAUGAGAUCGUUCCCGAAGACGAGCGAACCAUUUCCGACCUCAUGGUGGAUCAAAUCGAGUUCGCCGAUGUGUUGAUCAUCAACAAGGUCGAAACCAUCGACCAAGCCCACCGCGAGAAGAUUGUGCAGCUUCUCAAACUGCUCAAUCCAGACGCCAAGGUGCUUGAAUCGAGUUACUCUAAGAUUGAUGUCCGUGAGAUCAUAUCGACUGGAAAAUUCGAUUUUAUCCGGGCCGCCUCGGGGGCUGGCUGGUUGCGCAGUUUGCAUGAAAUGACGAUGCAGAAGACUGGCAACGGGGAGCGAUUGGCACCUAAGCCGGAGACGCUGGAGUAUGACAUCAACAACUUUGUCUACUCGGCACGACGACCCUUUCAUCCUCGAAAACUCUUCUCAUUACUUCACGACAAGUUCAUCUUGCUUCAAAACAAUGAAUUGGAGGAAGAGGAAGAGGAUGAAGAGAUGGGAGAAGGAGACGAGGGUGACAGUGACAGUGACAGUGACAGCGGAUCAAUAGAAGACUUUGACCAGCCAGAUCCCAAAGACAUUCUUGAAAACAAGCGCCACCACGCAGCAUUUGGGCCAGUGCUGCGAUCGAAGGGCUUCUUCUGGCUGGCGACACGGGCGUUCCAGUUUGGCGAGUGGAGCCAAGCGGGCGGAAUGCUAACGGUCGGGUGUGGAGGUCCCUGGUUCGCAGAGAUCCCCGAUGAGGCGUGGCCCGAGGACCAGGAUGUUCGACAAUCGAUCGAGAAUGAUUUCCAGGGACCCUGGGGUGAUCGACGACAGGAGAUUGUGUUUAUUGGUGAAGGGGUGGAUGAAAGUGAACUGACGGCCAUUCUGGACGAGUGUCUGUUAGAUGAUGCAGAGAUGAAGCAGUGGGAGAAGAUUAUGAAGAGUAAAAAGCUCAGUCUUGAGCGUAAAAGCAAGAAACUCGCGGGGAUUUGGGAAGAUGGAUGGGAGGAGUGGCCAGAAUUGGAGGUGGAAGAGGAAGAGGAAGAGGAAGUUCCCAACAGUCAUAGUCAUGCUUAUACGAGUACUGGAGGGAACAUUAGGAAACACCGCACCAGCGAAAUCACCCAUUCCCACGUCCACUAG